CCAUCAUGUCAGAUAAGAGUGACUUAAAAGCAGAGCUGGAACGUAAAAAACAGAGAUUAGCUCAAAUAAGAGAGGAGAAAAAAAGGAAAGAAGAAGAAAGGAAGAAGAAAGAGGUAAAUGCGGAUUCUCAGCAGAAGAAGGAACCACCCCAGGAAGAUUCUGAUCUGGAUCGCAAGAGAAGAGAGACUGAAGCUUUACUUCAAAGCAUUGGUAUUUCCCCAGAACCUCCUCUAGUCCCAACCCCUAUGUCUCCCUCUCCGAAAUCAGUGAGCACACCCAGUGAAGCUGGAAGUCAAGAUUCGGGAGAGUUGGGACCUAUAGGAAGGACCCUGCAGUGGGACACAGACCCUUCAGUGCUCCAGCUUCAGUCUGACUCUGAACUUGGCCGCCGUCUUCACAAGCUUGGAAUCUCCAAGAUCACCCAGGUGGACUUCUUGCCUCGGGAAGUGGUGUCCUAUUCCAAAGAGACUCAGACGCCGUUGGAUACUCAUCGCUCUGAAGAGGAUGAGGAAGAUGAUGAAUUGGUGGAAUUGAAAGCUCAAAACGAUGCUGAGAUAGAAACUCAAGAAAAGACACAAGAUGUGAAGGAAGCUCCUCCUAGAGAAUUGACAGAGGAAGAAAAGCAACAGAUUCUACAUUCAGAAGAAUUCCUCAUAUUUUUUGACCGGACAAUACGCGUGAUUGAGCGAGCUCUAGCUGAAGAUUCGGACAUUUUCUUUGACUACAGUGGCCGGGAUGUUGAGGAAAAAGAUGGUGAUGUCCAAGCUGGAGCCAACCUUUCCUUCAGCCGACAGUUUUAUGAUGAGCAUUGGUCCAAACAUCGUGUUGUCACUUGUAUGGAUUGGUCCCUACAGUAUCCUGAGUUGAUGGUUGCUUCAUAUAACAACAAUGAAGAUGCUCCACAUGAACCUGAUGGGGUGGCCUUGGUCUGGAACAUGAAAUUCAAAAAAACAACUCCUGAGUAUGUUUUUCACUGCCAGUCCUCUGUGAUGUCCGUCUGUUUUGCCCGCUUUCAUCCAAACCUAGUUGUUGGAGGAACCUAUUCUGGCCAAAUUGUGCUGUGGGACAACCGUAGCCACAGGAGGACACCAGUUCAGCGUACACCUCUUUCUGCAGCUGCGCACACGCAUCCAGUCUACUGUGUAAAUGUCGUUGGAACACAGAACGCUCACAAUCUCAUUACCGUUUCUACAGAUGGCAAAAUGUGUUCUUGGAGUUUGGAUAUGCUUUCAACUCCACAGGAGAGUAUGGAGCUAGUAUAUAAUAAAUCCAAGCCAGUGGCAGUUACUGGAAUGGCUUUCCCAACUGGAGAUGUUAACAACUUUGUAGUUGGAAGUGAAGAGGGCACUGUCUACACAGCUUGUCGCCAUGGAAGUAAAGCAGGGAUUGGAGAAGUUUUUGAAGGUCACCAGGGCCCAGUGACAGGAAUCAAUUGCCACAUGGCAGUGGGUCCAAUUGAUUUCUCUCAUCUAUUUGUUACAUCAUCAUUUGAUUGGACCGUCAAAUUGUGGACCACAAAGGUAAGAAGUAAUAUUUAGAAGGCUAGCUUUGGUCUCUGUCCUUUCCUCCAACUUUCAGUACUAAGCAAAAAUGGAUGGUGUCCAUUCUACAGUAUUAUACCUGAUAUAAUAGAUGUUUCCACAAGAAUACCUUAGU